AUGAACAUUGCAAUCAAGAUUAUUCAACAACAACAACAACAACAAAGUAACCCAGAUAGGAAUAAUAAUGAAAAGAAUAAAUGUUUCAAUAUAUGGCCAUCUUUAUUUCGACGAUCAACCUAUUUAAAACGUUAUAAAAGAGGCCAUUCACAUUCGUUAGAAAAACAUCGUAGUCGUUAUUAUUCACAAAGUUUUGGUUCAUCAUUGAAUGAUGAUAAUCUUUCACUAUCAUCAUCAAAGCCGAUAUCAUCGAAUGUUCCAUUUCCGAUCACGGAUAAAUAUCUAACACAUGGUUCACCAAUUUCACCACGUGUAAAAAAUUUUAAUCUUGAUAUGAAAAUUCUGGUAUUAUCACGUAAUGAUAAUCCGUAUCUAAGUAAACAAUUAGAACGUUCAAAUUCAUUAACAUCAAAUAAUUCAUCAACCGUAACAGAUGAACAGGAAUAUUUUGCUAUCGAUACACCACAUUCAGCGCUACAUACGCCCAUAUUUAAUCGUCGCAAUUAUCGGAUUAAUAAUGGUCGUUCAUCAUCAUCAACCGGGCAACAUCAACAUCAACAACAACAACAACAACAUCGAUCAACAUUAUCAUUUACAUUUGGCUAUGAUAAUCAUAGAGAUCUAGAGGAUGGAAAAAAUCUUCAUGAACAAUUAAUCCGUAGUCCACCUCCGAAUUUCCCGGAAAAACUAAGUGAAUUUUUAUUCACUGAAAAUCUGAUCAAAAAUCUAAAUAAUCAAUGAUAUUUUCAAAAGAUGUAACCCUUUUUUUUGUUUUUUUUUCUGCUGCUGGUCAAUCAGCCAAAAGAUAUAGAAAAAUAUUUUAUUUUCCUGUUUUAAUAUUGCUGCUGUUGUUGUUU